AUGGAUGAUGUAAACGACUCCGAUAAUGAGAUUACCACAGAUAUAACAACACCAACAUCAACAUCAAAUCUAAAUCUAAAUCCAGAAAGGUGGUUGAAUAUUCAAUCAAGUAGUCAUGCAGAAGACAACCUAACAGGAGAAAACCCAAUCAUCCCUAGAGAGAAUGCGACUCCAGAGUCUAUAGUUAUAGUUCCAACCAAACUAUCUUUAACUACUGUUUUUAAUGAUAUUAUAAAGUGGCCAGUACAACCCGUAUCUAAAACAACCAGAAAAAAAGAAUAUACACCUAGUGUAAUAACGUCAGACAAGUGGGUUGAAUUCCAUGAAAUUAAAUUGAAUGAAAAAAAGAAAAAAAAGAAAUUAGCAGCAUUUGAAAAAAAAAAAGUUAGAGAGAAAGAAAAUAGAAAGGGCACAAAUUAA